AUGAAACAGUCGAAGCUGGACAUUCUACAUACCAUCUGCUCACCCAAUGGACAAGUGGAACAUAUCGUGAUGUUCAAGAAGAAUGGAGUCCAAGCUAUGGUUGAGUUUGACAGCAUUGAAUCCGCCACCAGAGCUCGCGAUGCAUUGAACGGCUGUGACAUCUACUUCGGUUGCUGCACACUAAAGAUCGACUAUGCCAAGCCAGAAAAACUCAAUGUUUACAAAAACGACACGAGCUCCAAUUGGGACUACACAUUGGAAGCAGCCGUCUCCAAGGAUGCCUGCAACGGACGAGUCCAGUUGCUACACGGUCCUACCAUCUUCGGCAGAAGGCCCACCCCGUACAACGACCGUCAAUCAUUAGUCAACCAUGGUUCUAAACCAAACUGGAAACCAACACCGGCCGGAAAACACGUUGGACUGAUGAAGAACGCACCGCUGACUCGAAACGGGCCAGCCAACUUCAUUCAACCGGCACAGCAAUGGGGCGCAGUGAUGAUAGUCUACGGACUCGAUAACAACACAGCCAACACCGAUAAGCUGUUCAAUCUAUUCUGCCUGUUCGGAAAUGUUGUCAGGAUAAAGUUCCUGAAGACCAAAAACUACUUGUCAGAGUCCACCCUACCGGACAAUUCGAUCAGCUUCAAGGACUACAGCACCUCCAAGAACAAUCGCUUCCUUUCCGGAGCAAGAUUCUCCACUUCUUCAAUAGCCCACCCGGCAGUGGCCACGACAGCCUGGUCGGCAGCAGCGUCCGGUGGUGUGACGCCCAUUUCGGUGACGGGUGGCUGUCUCAAAUCCGAACACCAUGGACCAAUCUUCAAUUCGGGCCUCACACCUACCGAGUCCUUCUUCCACAUCAUGGCCGGACGAGAGGGUUUUAUCGAUACGGCAGCCAAUACGGCUGAAUCGGGUUAUCUACAGCGAUGGUUGGUAAAAUGCUUGGUAGAUCUGAUCGUAUUGGACGAUGGUACGGUUUGA